ACACUACUUUCUCUCUCUAUAACUCCUCUCUCUCUAUACAUAUACAUACAUACAUAUAUAUAUCUAUUUGAUUAUCAUCUAUUACAAGUCUAGGAAGCCAAAGCAGCGAAAGUCAUGGCAGAGGAGACUCAGACUCCAGCAGCAGCACCAGUAGCGCCAGCGACUUCUGAAGUAGUGCAACCGACGGAGGAGGUGGUGGUGGAGAAAGAGCAGUCGCCUGUUCCGGAGCCGGAGCCGGAGGUAAAGGAAAAGGCGGCGCCGGAGAAGCAGGCAGUAGAAGAAGCUGUGGCAGAGGCAGAGAAGGAAAAAGUGGCUGAAGGAGAUCAGAAGAUCACGCAAUCGCUCUCUUUCAAGGAAGAGAGUAACGUUGCAGGCGAACUUAUUGAUCCACAUAAGAAGGCUCUGGAAGAGCUGAAACAACUCAUUCAAGAUGCUCUGAAUAAGCACGAGUUCACUGCUCCACCGCCGCCUCCUCCUACAAAAGAGGAGGAGAAACCGGCAGAGCCUUCAGAGAAGGUUGAGGACAAGCCGGCAGAGCCUGAAAAGGUUGAGGAGAAGACGGCUGAGCCAGAGAAGGCUGAGGAGAAAAAGACGGAGGAGAAAGUUGAAGUGAAGGAAGAGGAGAAGGCUGUGCCUCCAGCAGAACCAGCGGUGGCGGUUGUGGUUGCGGCUGAGGUGGUAGUGGAGAAAGCCACUGCUGUGGACGAGGAUGGAGCCAAGACAGUGGAGGCAAUUGAGGAGACCGUUGUUUCCGUAGCGACUUCUUCCGCUGCCGCUGAGCCAGAGACUUCAGCUCCGGCUAAAGAAUCUGAGCCAGCGCCUCCAGCGGAGGAGCCGAAAGAACCUGAAGUUCCUCCAACACCAGAGGAGGUUUCCAUAUGGGGAAUUCCACUACUUCAGGAUGAGAGGAGCGAUGUGAUCCUCUUGAAAUUCUUGAGAGCCAGAGAUUUCAAGGUGAAAGAUGCAUUCACCAUGAUCAAGAACACCGUCCGUUGGAGAAAAGACUUUGGAAUCGAGGCUCUUCUCGAAGAGGACCUUGGAAAUGAAUUGGAGAAGGUCGUGUUCACGCAGGGAUUCGAUAAGGAAGGCCACCCCGUCUGCUACAACGUUUAUGGUGCUUUUGAGGACAAGGAACUGUACCAAAAUACCUUCUCCGAUGAAGAAAAGCGUGUGAAGUUUCUCCGGUGGAGGAUUCAGUUCUUGGAGAAGAGUAUCAGGAAACUUGAUUUCAGUCCUACUGGUAUCAACACCAUUGUUCAAGUCAAUGAUCUCAAAAACUUCCCUGGAAUUUUCAAGAGAGAUCUCAGGAACGCCACAAACCAGGCCUUGGGUUUGCUUCAAGACAAUUAUCCCGAGUUCGUAGCCAAACAGGUGUUCAUCAAUGUUCCAUGGUGGUACCUUGCCUUCAAUAGGAUGAUCAGCCCCUUCUUGACGCAGAGGACCAAGAGCAAGUUUGUAUUUGCAGGACCAUCCAAAUCUGCUGAAACCCUUUUCAAGUACAUAGCCCCUGAGCAAGUACCGGUUCAAUAUGGUGGAUUGAGCAGGGAAGGUGAGGAAUUCUCCACAUCUGACCCAGCGACAGAGGUCACAAUCAAGCCAACAUCAAAACAUACUGUCGAAUUCGCAUUUACAGAGGCAAGCCAUCUUGCUUGGGAACUCCGAGUGGUCGGCUGGGAUGUGAGCUACGGGGCUGAAUUUGUGCCGAGUACAGAGGAUGGCUACACAGUCAUUGUAUCAAAAACUAGGAAGGUCACCCCAACCGAUGAACCAGUCAUCUCUGAGAGCUUCAAGACUGGUGAGCCUGGCAAGGUUGUAAUCACCAUUAACAAUCAAACCUCCAAGAAGAAGAAGCUCCUCUACAGGUCCAAGACCAAAACUCCAUCCCAGUGAGAACUUCAAUACUCAAUGCACUUGAUAGUCCUGGAUUCCUUUAAUUCCAAAACAGGGUUUCUUUCUUUACCUAUUAUUUUGUCUAAACUUAUUUUGAUUUCACAGUUUGGGGGAUUUUAUUUAUUAGAUUUGGGGGUUUACUUUGUUUGUUUUGCGAUGAACACAAUUGUUACUGGUAAAAAUAGUCAUGUGGGAAGAAGAAGAAGAAGAAGCAUGGGUUGAAAAUAUUUUGACAUUAAGCCUUGAUACUCUUCUUGCCUGUAAAAUCUGUGUAGAGUUGGUACUUCUUUCUAUUGAUCAUUGUUGUUCAUAUUGCCUUGUAAACUUGAACAUGAUUGUAAAUUCAAAAAUGAAUGUGAAAGGCUUUAAUAUUUUUGAAUU